AGCGGAACGUGGAGGUGUCCCUAGGCCGGGAGGAGGGGCGGCGGCGAAUGCUGGGAGAGUCUGACGGGCGCCGCGCUAACGCAGGAACCGGUCGUCUAGGGUCCCCGCCAGGUGUGUCUGUCCUUUUCCCUCCUGGCCUUUUCGCCGGCUCUCGGGCCUUGAGGAUGAAGUUAAAGGAAGUAGAUCGUACUGCCAUGCAGGCAUGGAGCCCUGCCCAGAAUCAUCCCAUUUACCUAGCUACAGGAACAUCUGCUCAGCAAUUGGAUGCAACAUUUAGUACCAAUGCUUCCCUUGAGAUAUUUGAAUUAGAUCUUUCUGAUCCAUCCUUGGAUAUGAAAUCUUGUGCCACCUUUUCUUCUUCUCACAGGUACCACAAGUUGAUUUGGGGGCCUCAUAAGAUGGAUUCCAAAGGAAAUAUCUCUGGAGUUCUGAUUGCAGGUGGUGAAAAUGGAAAUAUUAUUCUUUAUGAUCCUUCUAAAAUUAUAGCUGGAGACAAGGAAGUUGUGAUUGCCCAAAAUGAUAAGCAUACCGGCCCAGUGAGAGCCUUGGAUGUGAACAUUUUCCAGACUAGAGGCCCAGCGUGCGAUGGAAAUCGUGGGAGGAGGCACCCCGCCUCCCGCCGAGCGAGGCGGCACCCCGCGGGGGGCCAGGACCUGCGCCUGACCCGUGCAGCGCCAGCUGCCGUGUUGUGUCCGCUGGGGUGGAGGCAGACUAACCUGGUAGCUUCUGGUGCUAAUGAAUCUGAAAUUUACAUUUGGGAUCUAAAUAAUUUUGCAACUCCAAUGACACCAGGAGCCAAAACACAGCCCCUAGAAGAUAUCAGCUGCAUUGCAUGGAAUAGACAAGUCCAGCAUAUUUUAGCAUCAGCCAGUCCCAGUGGCCGGGCCACUGUCUGGGAUCUUAGAAAAAAUGAACCUAUCAUCAAAGUCAGUGAUCAUAAUAACAGGAUGCAUUGCUCUGGUUUGGCGUGGCAUCCUGAAGUUGCUACUCAGAUGGUCCUUGCAUCUGAAGAUGAUAGGUUACCAGUGGUCCAGGUGUGGGAUCUUCGCUUUGCCUCCACUCCACUCCGUGUCCUGGAAAACCAUGCCAGGGGAAUUUUGGCAAUUGCUUGGAGCAUGGCAGAUCCUGAAUUGUUACUGAGCUGUGGAAAAGAUGCUAAGAUUCUCUGCUCCAACCCAAACACAGGAGAGGUCUUAUAUGAACUUCCCACCAACACACAGUGGUGCUUUGAUAUUCAGUGGUGUCCCAGAAAUCCUGCUGUCUUGUCAGCUGCAUCCUUUGAUGGGCGUAUCAGUGUGUACUCUAUCAUGGGAGGGAGUACAGAUGGUUUGAGGCAGAAACAAGCUGACAAGCUUUCAUCAUCUUUUGGAAAUCUUGAUCCCUUUGGCACAGGACAGCCCCUUCCUCCAUUACAAAUUCCUCAGCAGGCUGCUCAGCAUAGUAUAGUGUUGCCUCUGAAGAAGCCACCCAAAUGGAUCCGAAGGCCUAUUGGUGCUUCCUUUUCAUUUGGAGGCAAACUGGUUACCUUUGAGAAUGUCAAAGUACAGUCUCAGCAGGGAGCUGAGCUACAGCAGCACGUAUUCAUUAGUCAGGUUGUAACUGAAAAGGAAUUCCUCAGCCGAUCAGACCAACUUCAGAAGGUUGUGCAAUCACAAGGCUUUGUCAAUUAUUGUCAGAAAAAAAUUGAUGCUUCUCAGUCGGAUUUUGAAAAAAAUGUGUGGUCCUUUUUGAAGGUAAACUUUGAAGAUGAUUCUCGUGGAAAAUACCUUCAACUUCUAGGAUACAGUAAAGAAGACCUAGGAAAAAAGAUUGCUUUGGCCUUGAACAAAGUGGAUGGACCCAAUGUGGCUCUUAAAGACUCUGACCAAGUAGCACAGAGUGAUGGGGAGGAGAGCCCCGCUGCUGAAGAGCAGCUCUUGGGAGAGCACAUUAAAGAGGAAAAACAAGAAUCUGAAUUUCUACCUUCAGUUGGAGGAACAUUUAACAUCUCCAUCAGUGGGGAUAUUGAUGGUUUAAUUACUCAGGCUUUGCUGACUGGUAACUUUGAGAGUGCUGUUGACCUUUGUUUACAUGAUAACCGCAUGGCUGAUGCCAUAAUAUUGGCAAUAGCAGGUGGACAAGAACUCUUGGCUCGAACCCAGAAAAAAUACUUUGCAAAAUCCCAAAGCAAAAUUACCAGGCUAAUUACUGCAGUGGUGAUGAAGAACUGGAAAGAGAUUGUUGAGUCUUGUGACCUUAAAAAUUGGAGAGAGGCUUUAGCUGCAGUAUUGACUUAUGCUAAACCUGAUGAGUUUUCAGCCCUUUGUGAUCUUUUGGGAACCAGGCUUGAAAGUGAAGGUGAUAGCCUCCUGCAGACUCAGGCAUGUCUCUGCUAUAUUUGUGCAGGGAAUGUAGAGAAAUUAGUUGCAUGUUGGACUAAAGCUCAGGAUGGAAGCAACCCUUUGUCCCUUCAGGAUCUGAUUGAGAAAGUUGUCAUCCUACGGAAGGCUGUACAACUCACGCAAGCCAUGGACACUAAUACUGUAGGAGUUCUUUUGGCUGAGAAGAUGAGUCAAUAUGCCAAUUUGUUAGCAUCCCAGGGCAGUAUUGCUGCAGCCUUGGCUUUUCUUCCUGAGAGCACCAACCAGCCAAAUAUUGUGCAGCUUCGUGACAGACUUUGUAGAGCACAAGGAGAGCCUGCACCAGGACAGGAAUCACCUCAAGUACCUUAUGAGAGGCAGCAGCUGCCCAAGGGCAGGCCUGGACCAAUUGCUGACCACACACAGAUUCCAAGAGUUCCAGCUCAACAAUAUUAUCCCCAUGUUAGAAUUGCCCCUACUGUCACUACCUGGAGUAACAAAACUCCUACCGCCCUUCCCAGACAUCCACCUGCUGCCUCUCUCUCUGACACACAGGGAGAAAAUCCUCCACCUCCAGGUUUCUUAAUGCAUGGAAAUGUUAACCCAAAUGUUGCCGCAGCUCAGCUUUCCACAUCUACGGGCCAUAUGCACACCCAGGUACCACCUUAUCCACAGCCACAGCCUUAUCAACCAGUCCAGCAGUAUUCCUUCGGAACAGGGGGGUCAGCAGCGUAUCGACCUCAGCAGCCUGCUGCUUCUUCUGCUUCAAACGCUUACCCUAACACCCCUUACAUACCUUCCGCUCCUUCCUAUUCUGGGCAGUCUCAGCUGUAUGCAGCACAGCACCAGGUCUCUCCACCUACCUCCAGUCCUACUGCUUCUUUUCCCCCUCCCCCUUCCUCUGGAGCAUCCUUCCAGCAUGGCGGACCAGGAGCUCCACCAUCUUCAGCUUAUGCACUACCUCCUGGAACAACAGAAAAUCAGUCUAUGCAAGACCAGGCAAAUAUGUUGGAAGGUCCUCAGAACGGUUGGAAUGAUCCUCCAGCUUUGAACAGAGUACCCAAGAAGAAGAAGAUGCCAGAAAACUUUUUGCCUCCUGUUCCCAUCACAUCACCAAUCAUGAACCCCAUGGGUGACCCCCAGUCACAGAUGCUGCAACAACCUUCAGCUCCAGGUCCACUGUCAAACCAAGCUUCAUUCUCCCAGCCACAUCUUCCAGGUGGCCAGCCCUCCUUCCAGGGCUUACAGCAACCCCUUGGUCAACCAGGCAUGCCACCAUCUUUCUCAAAGCCCAAUAUUGAAGGUGCCCCAGGAGGUCCUAUUGGAAAUACCAUCCAGCAUGUGCAGGCUUUACCCACAGAAAAAAUUACCAAGAAACCUAUUCCAGAUGAGCACCUCAUUCUAAAGACCACAUUUGAGGAUCUUAUUCAGCGCUGCCUCUCUUCAGCCACAGAUCCUCAAACCAAAAGGAAGCUAGAUGAUGCCAACAAACGCUUGGAGUUUCUGUAUGAUAAACUUAGGGAACAGACACUUUCACCCACAAUCAUCAAUGGCUUACACAACAUUGCAAGGAGCAUUGAAACACGGAACUACUCCGAAGGCUUAACCAUCCACACCCACAUAGUCAGCACCAGCAACUUCAGCGAGACCUCUGCUUUCAUGCCCGUUCUCAAAGUUGUCCUCACCCAGGCCAAUAAGCUGGGUGUCUAAAAGGACAGCUUCACUCCCAGCCAAUAUUGCCAUUUUCCAAAGAAACAUGUUUUAAAAUGAUAAAAUAUGGACCAAUCCUCAUUAGCAUGUUUCCAUAGCAUUUACACUAUUUCUGUAGAGAUACUCACCUUAAAACUGCUCCAAACCCCAGUGCUUUGUUUUAGUCUUUUAUUGCACAUGAUGAUUUUCUUAUGCAAAUAGCGUAUUUCUUGAAUUACACAUAGUAUGUUUUCCUGAUGUAUUCUGAUAAAAUGUGGUUUUAAAACCCUUAGUGUAUUUUUGGAAAAGGAGCAUCUGGUUAUGUAUAAAGCAGAGCUAAAGCUAAGUUCUUUCAUGUCCUCCCUACUUCCUCCGUGUCAAUCAGAUUAAAGUGUGUAAUCUUA